AGUUUAGGACUCUCUGCCUAGUAUGUUAGUGUCAGUUGAGCUUUUAUAGCUGCUUACACGGUCUCUCUUUCUUUUGCCAACUUCUGGAAGGCUUCUUUGUAUUAUGCUUUUUGUUAGUCUAAAAAAAGAUGUUUCUUUUCUAAAAUAAUAGUGAAGCUACUGUGCUUUAAAGUUGUGGAGUGAAAUUCUCUCAUCAAUACACACAUUCACAUGCAUAUUUUGAUUCUGUUUAUGCCAAUAUGUGUCUGUGCAUCUUGCUGGUUUGCCAUGUGUGUGUCUACCCUGUUUCAGCAUCAACUUACUAUCCUACUUUAAUUGCUUGUGAUAUCAUCAUGAAAGUAACUUUGAAUUUCAGGUUCAUCAAGAAAUUUCUCCAAUUGUUUUGACGGUCAUGUCUUGCUUAGUCCCCAUAAUGCAGCAUCCAGAGGCGCUCAACAAGUCACUAAUUGAGAACAGUGCUAUCACGCUUGGGAGGCUUGCAUGUGUUUGUCCGGAGCUUGUGGCUCCGCAUAUGGAGCAUUUCAUGCAGCCAUGGUGCAUUGCUUUGUCAAUGAUACGUGAUGAUAUAGAAAAGGAGGAUGCAUUCCGAGGUCUAUGCGCAUUGGUUAGAACAAAUCCAUCCGGAGCAUUGAGUUCACUCGUAUAUAUGUGCAAUGCUAUUGCCAGUUGGCAUGAAAUAAGGAGUGAAGAGCUACAUAAUGCAGUUUGCCAGGUGUUGCACGGUUAUAAGCAGAUGCUUGUGAAUGGAGCGUGGGAACAGUGUAUGUCUGCUUUGGAGCCACAAGUCAAGAACAAGCUAUCAAAAUACCAAGUGUAAUGUUGUACUCAUAGCUGAUGUAUUGUACCUGAUGGUUCACUCUGCUAUACGUGCUCAUCAGAGAUCUGUAUCUGCGUGGAAAUUGUUGUUUUCUUCGUCAUCCAAUACAUUUUGGUCGUGAUUCUUACAGGACCAAUUUUUUGGUCCCCAAUUUUCCAGUGAAAGUUUAGGAUAAAGCAUAAGACUUGGCAUAAUGAAGCAGCUCAGGUUUGGGGCAAGAAUGUGGUGUACAGGGUGCAGCUUUCCAAACUUCGAUGGUGUGCUUUCUUGCUGUCUUGUAUUUAGAGAAAGGCAAGAAGUAUCUCGUUCAAGUCUUGGAUUAAUGAUUCUUCAUUUUAGGUUUAGAGUUUUCCAUUAUUCAACAAUUCCAGUGGUUAGGUUUGUCAAUGAUUUCCACAGUUUUUGUACAAGGGGGUUUUGACAUUUUAUAACAAUUUGCCAUUGAAGUUUUCCAUUGUUUUACAUGUCGAUCAACUGUAACCUUUAUUAGAGGGUGGAAAGAAAUUUUUGCUGUUUCAAGCAGCUGUGGUAAUUUGAGUUGGGAGUUCAGACAA